CCGCAGAGACCGCGAGUCGUUUGUGCGAGCAAGAAGGAUGGAUGAUUACCCGCGAAGCCCUCGCUAUGAGGCCGAUCGGGGUAGAGGCGACUCCCUCGGCCGAUGGAGGACAGAACAGAGUCGACGAGAUGGAUAUAGGGACGACAGAUAUGAGAGAUCGGAUCGAGAUGGAUAUAGGGACGACAGAUAUGAGAGAUCGGAUCGAGAUGGAUAUAGGGACGACAGAGACGAGAGGUCGGGUCGAGAUGGGUACAGAGGAAGUAGAUAUUAGAGAGGAGAUCGGGACUAGGAACGACAAGAUGGGUCGCGCGGACGGUUUGAGCGCGGGGGAGAAGCGAGAGAGCAGCGCGACGAGUCGCGGGGAUGGUACGACCGAGGGGACCGACACAAUGAGUCACGCGGACGAUAUGACUCGGAAAACCGCCAGAAUGAUUCACGAGGGCGGAAUGAGCAAGGAGGGUCUGGAGGAGACCGGCGCAACGGUUCGCGCGGUCGGAAUGAGAGAGGGGGAUAUGACGUCUCAUCAGAACCAUAUCCAAAACGACAGGGCAUCUACUYCGAGRAACUCAUGCGUCUACUGUAGAGGAGAAGAUCAUAUCAAGAGGGAUUGCCCGGAYCUWAAACGGGCAAUAGAAGAGGGACUUGUCGUGCUUGACGACCGCAAGUACGUCAAGUGGGCAGAUGAUCUCGGAGAUGUAUCGAUGUUCCCUUCGAUGAAGGAGAACGUCGAAGCAAGGAGAAUAAAGACGAGUAAAGGAAUGAAGCCAGUCAGGAGCCAGAGCAUCAAGAUAACCUUUGAGGGGGACAUGACGACCACACCCAUAAGGGUGACAGCCACCAAGUCGGUGAGAGGGUCUACAUCGAAGAAAACUGACACGGAUUACGUGAUGGCGGAGAAGGACGGGCAGCGGGUCGAUGGAGAGGAGGUUAUCCUUUCGCCGCGAAAGCGGGGAGUGAAGAAGUUCCUAAUGAAGAGCUCGCUGGACGAGAUUGACACGGUCGAACCAUUAAGGCGGGCCCUUCGGCAACCCAUGCAGUGCUCUAUUCUGGAGUAUCUGGCGGCAUCAAAGCCGGCUCGUGAUGAGUUACAAAUGAUCACGUGGAAGACUCGCAUACCUCUAUCGGAGGAGGGUUACGCCCCUAAGGCGGAAACUUCUACAGUAACAGUAACUGGGGUGACUGCAAGAGCGGAUCGCAUGGCGACAGUGCUUCUCGAUGGAAUGGAAGGUGUGCCUCCAGACAAGUUUUAUAUACUUGGUAGCGGGGCCGUGGAGACGAUUAUAAACGAGCAUGCGGUACUCGAUGCUGUGAUUGAUAACGACAGUGAGGCUGUCAUCAUAGACGAGGACCUUGCGGUACAAGUUGGACUGGGCCUCGAUAGGUCAUACCUAUUCGAGAUAGAGACGGCUGAUGGGAGAAAGCAACAGAUCACUGGGGUUUGUCACAAGGCAGCCAUAGAGGUCCAAGGGGUGCGAGUAACCCUGCCUGUCUUUGCAGUCAAGAACUGCAGCUCCGACCUGCUCUUGGGUCGAACGUGGCUCAGCCACGUGCAUGCGGURACGAUAGAGCGACCUGAUGGAAGCCAAACAUUGUCCAUUAAGAAGCCAGACGGGACGCGGGUGCCGAUGGGAUUAUCUCCUUUAGGGUUGGAGCUCCUCCCUGCGAGGGUUACACAAGGUAGCGUAUCUCAUAUCAAGGUCUUGUUGGAGAGGAGAAAUGUCGCGGAGGGGAGUAAGGGGAGGCAGACAGGGUUUCAUGGGCUAGAGGAAGAGUAUUACAAGAAGGGAUGGGAGGAGGAACGUGGGAGUAACGUCUUUUAUAGGGGGGCGACGUCUGCGACGAUGACACCCCUUCAUCUCUUUGGGCUACCUGCGAGGGGUGGCUGGCAGGCUCAACGGUUUAUUCUCGUGACGUGGUUUGGAGUAUUGUGAUGGUAAUCCUAGCUGCGGUCCUUAUCUUCAUCGUUCGGUCUUUUGGGAUGGUUGAAUAGUCGUCAACCAUAGGCGGCCGAGUUGCUUGGGAGUCGAUGAAGGAGGAGGUGAGGCUUGGAGAGAGGGGGGGUGCGUUUAUGGAUGUCGAGGGUAAGUUGUGUUCUUCCUCUUCACGUUUUGUAGCGGUGAUUAUGUGAUGACCUUGAUGAGAUUCUUAACGAUGUGAUUCUCAAAUAGUUUUGUCCGGUUCAAUACUUAUUAGUCCCUCCAACCUUGAAUUCCAGAUAUGCAACGAAAAUAUAACUAAUAAUUUUGAUUCUGAGGUUUGAAAAUCAAGAUUAAAUCAAGAU